UUCCCUGGUUGUCCUCCUCCAUCCUCUUUUCCCUCUCUCUCUCUCUCUCUCUCUCUCCCCACCCCCUUCUUCCCUUGCUCCCUCUUCCUCUCUCCCAUCCCUCCCUCCCUAUCUCAUCCCCCCUUCUCCGUCCCGCCCCUGCUGCUGGGUCAUGCUCCAUUCCCACCACCCGCUCGCCUGACCUCAUCAUCCCCAGCCGUCCUUCCCCAGAGAUCCGCAGCAGAGUUCCCCCUAGACAUCUCUCCGUCUCCGCCGUCUCCACCGCCACCAUGUCGCUCUUCUCCUACGUCGCCUCGGGCGUCAGCUCCUUCGUGGUCGUGACUCUGUCCCUGUUCGCCAUCGGCCAGAAAGUGCCCCGCGCGGCCUUUGUCGCGCGGUGUCUGGCCUCCUACGGCUCCCUCCUCCUCUGCGCGACAUACGGCGUGAUCGCCUCCAUCGUCCUCCGCCUCGUCGGCUACGGCCGCAUCUCGCAGUGGGCCACCGCGCGCAGCUUCAAAUGGGUCAUGCGAUACACCACCGGCGUGCGCUUCAACAUCAUUGAAGGCACCGAGCACCUGACCACCCGUCCCGCCGUCUUCAUCGGAAACCACCAGUCCGAACUCGACGUGCUCAUGCUCGGCCACAUCUUCCCCCCCUACUGCAGUGUCACCGCCAAGAAGUCCCUCCGCCACAUCCCCUUCCUCGGCUGGUUCAUGGCCCUCUCCCGCACCGUCUUCAUCGACCGCGCCAACCGCGAAACCGCCGUCAAGGCCUUCGACAGCGCCGCCAAGGAGAUGCAGGAGCACCGCCAAAGCGUCUUCAUCUUCGCCGAAGGCACCAGGAGCUACUCUGAUAGCCCCGAGCUGCUGCCGUUCAAGAAGGGCGCCUUCCACCUCGCCGUCAAGGCCGGCGUGCCGAUCGUGCCGGUGGUCACCGAGAACUACUCGCAUAUCCUGUCCCCGAGGGACAUGCGGUUCGAGGCCGGCACGAUCAAGAUCAAGGUCCUCCCCCCAAUCAGUACCAAGGGCCUCACCCCCGCCGACGUCGACGCCCUCACCACGUCCACGCGCGAGUCCAUGCUCAAGACCCUCCUUGAGAUGUCCGAGAAGGACGAAAAGGAGAUCGACUCCGCCGCGACGAACGGAUCCUCCACCUCCGUUGAGCUGUGACCACCUGUACGAAAAGGGGAGAAGAUUACACACACAAAAAAAAAAAAAGGAAAAAUGAGAAAAGCGGUGCAGUGCACAAUUGUAGAUUUUGACCCAUUUACUACCCCCUUUGCUA